UAGACCGUCACAAAAUCACAAUAAAAAAAGGAAUUUUCCAUAAACAAAAAACCCUUAAUUGACGUUUUUCUUUGUCUCUUCAACCGCCUGUCUAUCCAUUUCUUCAGCCAGUCUCCGAAAAAUAAUUUGAAAAAUAAAUAAUUUUUUUUUAUUUACCUUCCAAUUCCUUCCUUCUCAGAUCUUCGAAAAUCAUCCAUUUACCAUCGAAAUCUUAAUUUUCAUUCUCCGAUUAUUACCGAUUCGUCAGAAUCUAUCGAUCUAGCCGGAAAUUUCAUUGGUUAUAUAGGUAAAUCGGAUUUUUUUUUAAGGGAUUGAAAAUUUGAAAAGGAAUUUGUAGAGAGAAGAAAUUGCUAUGAGAUUUGAUGGAUGAGGAACGAUGCCGGAGCUGCGUAGUGGAGUGCGCAGAGGUCGAGCAUCACGAAACCCUAACACUGCUAAUAACAACACCAAUCAAGAGAUCGGCGGUCAGAAAUUGACGACAGUGAGGACACGUGGACGGCGAGGAGGAGGUGCUGCGGUUCGAGGUAGAGGUAGGAGGAAUAACCGGCAACCAGUUGCGGCGGUUGAAGUUCAAGGUGAAGGUGAUGAGAAGGUUCUAGAAGGUGAAGCAGUUGAGGUUGAUAAAGAUAAAACAACCUCGUUGAAAAGGAACGAAGCUGAAAAAGGAGGUGAAGGGGAAGGUGGUGUGAGAGAAGUAGUAGGAGAGAAAGAAAUGGAUGAGUUUGAUAGUGGUGGUAAUGCUGUUGGUAGGAGUGGUGAUCGUUUGAAUGACGACGAUGCUGCUGCUCCUCUUCCUGAGAAGGUUCAGGUGGGGGGUUCUCCAGUUUAUAGAAUUGAUAGAAAACUGGGGAAAGGUGGUUUUGGUCAAGUUUAUGUUGGUAGACGUGUAAAUGGUAACGCAAGUGAAAGAACUGGUUCAGGUGCUUAUGAGGUAGCUCUCAAGUUUGAGCAUAGGAGUAGCAAAGGUUGUAAUUAUGGCCCUCCUUAUGAGUGGCAAGUUUACAGUGCUCUAGGUGGUAGUCAUGGAGUACCACGCCUGCAUUAUAAGGGUCGGCAAGCGGAAUACUAUAUUAUGGUCAUGGAUAUGCUGGGACCGAGCCUUUGGGAUGUUUGGAAUAACAAUCAUCAUUCGAUGUCAAUUGAAAUGGUAGCAUGUAUAGCAAUCGAAGCAAUCUCAAUUUUGGAGAAAAUGCACUCUAGAGGAUAUGUGCAUGGUGAUGUCAAACCCGAGAAUUUUUUACUUGGUCCCCCUGGAACUAGUGAUGAGAAGAAAUUGUUUCUUGUUGACCUUGGAUUAGCUACUAAAUGGAGGGAUUUGACUACCGGGUUGCACGUUGAAUAUGAUCAGCGACCUGAUGUUUUCAGGGGAACUGUUCGAUAUGCAAGUGUUCAUGCUCAUCUUGGAAGGACUGGAAGUCGUAGGGAUGACUUGGAAUCACUUGCUUACACACUUAUUUUUCUGCUGCGUGGUCGGCUUCCAUGGCAGGGAUAUCAGGGUGAGAACAAGGGAUUCCUUGUAUGUAAGAAGAAGAUGGCUACAUCUCCAGAAGCAUUAUGUUGUUUCUGUCCAGUGCCUUUUCGUCAAUUUGUUGAGUAUGUGGUGAACUUGAAGUUUGAUGAAGAGCCAAACUAUGCAAAGUAUGUUUCUCUAUUUGAUGGGAUUGUUGGGCCAAAUCCUGAUAUCAGGCCUCUAAAUACAGAUGGUGCUCAGAAGUUGAUAUACCAAGUGGGGCAUAAGAGAGGACGUCUUACGAUGGAAGAGGAUGACGAUGAGCAACCGAAGAAGAAGAUUCGAAUGGGAAUGCCUGCUACUCAAUGGGUUAGCGUAUACAAUGCCCGUAGACCAAUGAAGCAAAGGUAUCAUUACAAUGUUGCAGACAUCAGGCUGUCGCAACAUAUCGAGAAAGGAAAUGAAGAUGGCUUGUUUAUAAGCAGUGUGGCAUCUUGCUCAGAUCUUUGGGCCUUGAUAAUGGAUGCUGGCACUGGCUUUACUGCUCAAGUUUAUGAACUAUCCCCACAUUUCCUUCACAAGGAGUGGAUAAUGGAGCAGUGGGAGAAAAACUUUUACAUUAGUGCAAUAGCAGGAGCUAAUAAUGGUAACUCCUUGGUAGUUAUGUCUAAAGGUACUCAGUAUUUACAGCAGUCUUACAAAGUUAGUGAUGCAUUCCCAUUCAAAUGGAUAAACAAAAAGUGGCGUGAGGGUUUUUAUGUCACAUCCAUGGCAACUGCUGGGAGCAGAUGGGCAGUUGUUAUGUCCCGUGGUGCAGGGUUCUCCGAUCAGGUAGUAGAGCUGGAUUUUCUAUACCCUAGUGAGGGUAUUCACCGAAGAUGGGAUGCUGGUUAUCGCAUUACAGCAACGGCUGCAACUUUUGACCAGACUGCUUUAGUUCUUAGUAUUCCAAGAAGGAAGCCUACAGAUGAAACUCAAGAAACUCUUCGAACUUCUGCAUUUCCAAGUACUCAUGUCAAGGAAAAAUGGGCAAAGAACCUAUACAUUGCCUCAAUCUGUUAUGGAAGAACUGUCUCUUGAGCUGCUAACAUUUUUUUCAUAUACAUAGGUGCUAAUUGAAGGGCCCCUGCUCUAGCUCUUUCUAGUGAUCUCUAGCAUGAAAAAAAGAAUUUAGCUGUGGCAGUUGACUUCAUAUGAAAAUUGAAAUCAUCAUACAUUUAUGGAGGUCGGCAGGCUGCUAUUGAUACUUGUGCACCUCAUGUAUUGGAAUUUGUUGUAGGGAUGAUGUCUAUGAAGUUUCAUAUGCCGUGGGAUGGAGGCAUUCUGAAGUGUUUGUAUAGUCUUUGAUCAUUUUUAGUACUAAAUUGGUGUGCACUGGUCAUCUUAUGAAUUUAUGAUUGAUGAUACUUUUGGCUUAUGUGCUAUUAAAGAUCAUACAAGGGCUUGCAACCGCUUAACGUUUUUGAUUCAUGGGUACAAUUUUGGAUGUGAGAUUUUUUUCAAUGUUUUGUUUGGCUUGCCCGAAAAUAGAACUGAUGCUUGUUUUGUGAA